AUGUCAAAGCAAGCAAGUUCAUACGUACCAAAGAACAUCCUCAUAACUGGUGCAGCUGGUUUCAUAGCCUCUCAUGUCACCACUAGGCUAAUCAACAAGUACCCUAGCUACAAGAUUGUAGCACUUGAUAAGCUAGAUUAUUGUUCUAACAUCAAGAAUCUACAAUGUUGUACUUCAUCACCUAACUUCAAGUUCAUCAAGGGUGACAUAGCUAGCUCAGACAUGGUCAAUCAUCUCUUGAUAGAAGAGGAAAUAGACACAAUCAUGCACUUUGCAGCACAAACCCAUGUGGACAAUUCAUUUGGAAACUCCAUGGAAUUCACCUAUAACAAUAUCUAUGGCACCCAUGUUCUUCUAGAAGCAUGUAGAGUAACAAAUUGCAUUAAAAGGUUCAUCCACGUAAGCACGGACGAAGUUUACGGCGAGACGGAUUCCGAGACUGACAUCGGAAACCAUGAAGCCUCCCAACUUCUUCCAACCAAUCCUUAUUCCGCCACGAAAGCAGGCGCCGAGAUGUUGGUAAUGGCUUAUCAUAGAUCUUACAAUCUUUCUACAAUAACUACUAGAGGAAACAAUGUGUACGGUCCAAACCAAUAUCCUGAGAAGCUUGUCCCUAAAUUCGUCCUUAGGGCGAUGAAGGGACAAAAGCUUCCCAUCCACGGCGACGGAUCCAAUGUUAGGAGCUACCUUUAUUGCGGCGAUGUAGCCGAAGCGUUCGAUGUUAUUCUCCACAAAGGAAUGAUUGGCCAAGUCUAUAACAUUGGGACCAAGAAAGAGAGAAGUGUGUUAGAUGUGGCAGAGCAUAUUUGCAAGCUUUUCAACAUAAAUUCAAAGGAUGUUAUUGAGUUUGUUCAAGAUAGGCCAUUUAAUGAUAAGAGAUAUUUCCUAGAUGAUCAAAAGCUCAAGAAUCUAGGUUGGGAGGAAAGAACUCCUUGGGAAGAAGGACUAAAGUUGACAAUUGAUUGGUACAAAAAGAAUCCAGAUUGGUGGGGAGACGUGUCGAAUGCCCUGAAUCCGCAUCCGCGCUUCUCAGCCACCAAUCUGGCUGACGAAGCGCAAUGGUCGUUUCAAUGUGGAUACUCAAGGCUAGGAAGGUCAUUUACUGAAGUAGGACGAAAUAAAACAUUUGUGAAAUUUUUGAUAUAUGGGAAGACAGGUUGGAUUGGAGGGUUGCUAGGGAAGCUUUGUGAUGAAGAAAGAAUCCAAUGGGAGUAUGGAAAGGGAAGAUUAGAAGAUAAAAAGUCAUUAAUGGAGGAUAUAAGUAGGGUAAAGCCAACACAUGUGUUAAAUGCAGCUGGAGUAACUGGAAGGCCAAAUGUUGAUUGGUGUGAAUCACAUAAAGUUGAGACAAUAAGGACUAAUGUUGUUGGGACAUUAAAUUUGGCUGAUGUUUGUAAUGAAAAAGGAUUGUAUAUGAUGAAUUUUGCAACUGGUUGUAUAUUUGAGUAUGACAAAGAUCAUCCUCUUGGUUCAGGCAUUGGCUUCAAGGAGGAGGACAAGCCAAAUUUCAUUGGUUCCUUCUAUUCCAAGACUAAGGCCAUGGUGGAGGAUCUGUUGAAAAAUUACGAGAACGUUUGCACAUUGAGAGUUAGAAUGCCAAUAUCAUCAGAUCUUAGCAAUCCUAGAAAUUUCAUUACCAAGAUUUCUCGUUACAACAAGGUGGUAGAUAUACCUAACAGCAUGACCGUGCUAGAUGAGUUGUUACCUAUAUCCAUUGAGAUGGCCAAGAGGAACUUAAAAGGGAUUUGGAACUUCACCAAUCCUGGGGUCAUAAGCCACAAUCAAAUAUUAGAAUUGUACAGGGACUAUAUUGAUCCAAAAUUCAAGUGGCAAAAUUUUAAUUUGGAAGAACAAGCAAAGGUAAUUGUUGCUCCCAGGAGUAACAAUGAAAUGGAUGCCUCCAAGCUCAAGAAAGAGUUCCCAGACAUGCUCAACAUCAGAGAUUCCAUUAUCAAGUAUGUCUUUGAGCCCAACAAGAAAACUUAA